AUGUCGAGUGAAAAACGUCCGUCUUCAGUACUUCCGCGACUUCUGAUCAUUGGCGCUGGCUCUCGCGGUACUGCUUAUGCCCGAGCCGUAUCAGAGUCUGGUAGAGGCAUUGUAGCUGCUGUUGCAGAGCCAAUAGCUUUCAAGCGCAACCUACUGGGAUCUAAGUAUGUUUGGAACUCAGGCAACGGUCCUUCAGACGGACAGGAGUUUACUGAUUGGAAAGACUUCUUACAAUGGGAGACCAAACGCCGAGCCGAUGCUGAUGCUGGCCGCCAAGUCCCUCCUGGUAUCGAUGGUAUCUUCAUUUGCAUACUUGAUGAACAGCACGCAGAAGUCAUCACAGCUCUAGGCCAUCUAUCGAUACACAUCCUCUGUGAAAAACCGCUGGCUACAACAUUAAAAGACUGCAUGGCCAUCUCAGCAGUUAUGUCAUCUCAGCAGGGAGGCCAGUCAGCGAUCUUCGGUAUCGGACAUGUCCUUCGAUACAGUCCACACAAUAUGCUAUUACGCAAGCUAGUCCUCGGAGACCAAAUAAUUGGUCCCGUGCUAUCCAUGGAGCAUACUGAGCCCGUCGGUAACUGGCACUUCACUCACAGUUAUGUCAGGGGCAAUUGGAGAAAGGAGUCUACAACAGCCCCGUCAUUACUAACAAAAUCGUGUCACGACAUUGAUUUUCUGUUGUGGAUGCUGUGUUCGCCUGCCCCUGGAGCCGAUCAGCCUGCGCAUCUUCCUGCAUCAGUGGCAUCGUUCGGAUCUCUGAAACAGUUCCAGCGAUCUCGGAAGCCUGCCAGUGCCGGUACUGCCACUAACUGUUUGCGCUGUCCGAUUGAGAAGACUUGUACAUAUAGCGCCCCAAGGAUAUACAACGACAAUCAACUUGCCAAAGGCAACACCGACUGGCCAGUCAACAUAGUUAAUCCAGAGAUAGAGGCCUGUUACAACGACCAAGGCAAGGAGGCUGCAAAGGACAUGUUGCUCAAAACACUCGAACUCGACUAUGAUGACAACACACCGCCCGAGGAAAUACACAAGCGUCCCUGGUUCGGAAGGUGUGUCUGGGAGUCCGAGAACGAUGUCUGUGACGACCAGUACGUCCUUCUCUCUUGGAAUGACGAUCCCUUGACCGAAAGCACAAACACCGGCCGACUUAGCCCUGGUGGCAAAGAGCCGCCAGCUAGGAUGGCCAAGACUGCUUCCUUCCAUAUGAUCGCCCAAACCGAGAAACAGUGCGAGCGGCGAGGCCGGAUCUAUGGCGAAAAGGGGGAGAUCUCGUAUGAUGGAACCCUAAUCACGAUAUACGAUUUCUCGACCGGGCAGUUCGAGCAUCUUCGUCCGCAUAGACCUGGCGGAGGUCACGGUGGAGGCGACUACGGAUUGGCAACUCAGUUUCUCAAGGCUAUCGAUGCGGUGAAGUCGGGGAAUAUGUCGAUUGAGGAGGCUCAGACUCGACACCUUGGUUGUACUUUGGAGGAGGUCAUCAGAAGCCAUGCUCUGGUGUUCGCAGCAGAAGAAGCCCGGCUCGAGAACAAAGUCGUCGACUGGCAGCAGUGGUGGGACUCAUGCUGUGAGCGCUUUAAUCCUCGAAACACCGUAUGA